AUGGAGCAGUACCAUUUCGUGGUGAACGAGGGCUCCGAGGCUCACCUCACGGGAUACAUCGUUUGCGACGGGCUGAAGAUGGGAAGCAGCAAGUGGGUGCAGGCUGGGUGGGCAGCUAUGACGAUCAACGGAGAAGGUGCGCCAACUAUCCAGCUCUGGGGCCCAUUGUCGUGCCAAUACAGUGUACAGAAGACCGUGAAGCGAGCGGAGAUGUGGGCCUUCCUCAAGGUUUUGGAGGUGGUGAUGCCACCAUGCAGGAUCCACACCGAUCACCAGGGGAUUAUCGACGGUCUGGCUCGAGGUGCUCGUUGGUGUCUUUCCUGGAAGCGGCCACACGCGGACUUGUGGCGUAGGAUAUGGCACAAGGUGGUCGAAGUUGGUUUGGACCGAAGCUGCGUGGGGCACGUCACGGCGCACCGUUCGAAGGCCACGAUCAACAGGCUCGAGGAGGGCCAGCAAGCCAUCGCUAGGGGUAACGCUGCCGUGGACCUCCUGGCGAAGUGCGGUGCCGAGGACGACUACGGUUACGGCAGGCAGGAGGUGCUCGAUAAGCUCGGGGAGAAGAUCAAGUGGGCCAUCCAGAACGUCGGGUGGUGGCACCAGCAGCUGAACGGAGAGUGGCCUGAUGUCCCCCCACGGCCGCCUGGGCCCAGGCGCAGGCGGCAGCAGCAGCCACACAUCCAGCUGACGAAGCACGAGGUGGUGCAGCGUGGGCAGUGGCAGGUGUGUACGCGGUGUGGGAGGCGUGCAGCCACGGCACGCAUGAGGAAGAAGUUGUGGGAGGCGGAGUGCCGCCCACCUCCGUGGCGCAUGGUAGACGAGGUGUACGAGACAGCUGGCGCGGGCUCGCUCGAGGAGAGCGAGGUGCUGCUGAAUUUGCAGAGCCUGGUGGGGCUUCCCAGCUGGCAGCUGGGGGUGAACUUCCGCAACCGGGGCGACCACUUCCAGAUGUACUGGAACCAGUACAGCGAGGGCGAGGUGGUGGUCUACGGCGAGGCGGUGGAGUGCGACCUUGAGGAGGGCCACGUCUGGGAGCACUGGUACCAGUGCGGCGUGGACUGA